UAUUUAAAUUUGAUAAUGAAAAAUCAGAGGAGAGGAUUGAUGCUCAGUGAGCCGCCGAUACGCAAAUGGGCUGCCCCAGAGAAGAACGACGGCGCUACAUCCAUCAAAAUAAGAGAGAUUUUGAGCUGCCAUCAGACGACAUUCAAUGCCACGGUUUUCUUUUCUAUCCUGCCAAUUACUGCGUGUUCCAUCUGCCUCUUCGAUCGAUCUCAUGUUCGAUCCGUUGAGUCUUUAUCUUUUUCUCUCGUUUUUACCUAAUCUUCAUGCUGAGUUUUUACUGCUGGGUCAGGUUUUGAUGGGAAUUCAACUGGGUUUCUUGUUUGAUAUGGGUUUGACUUGUGCUGCUGUAGUUGCAGUUGAGAUGUAGGAGAAGAUUCCUGCGAGGGAAUACUUUAAGAGUUCUUAGAGAACUUACCAUUUUGCAUUUUAGAGGAUAUUGCACGUGAUUUUGCAAAAUAUCUGGAAAUAUUGGUCAUGGAUAUUUCAGAGUCUGAUACAAGUCGAGACUUGGAGCACAAAACGAAAAAGAGAAAGCAAGAACAGUUUGAUACUGCUCCUGAAGUUAACAAUGUGGGCAGUGUUUGUUCUGGUUCUGAAAAUGCGUCUUCAAUGGAUAAUAUCCUGUCUGAAAAUGAUCCAGCUCCAGAUGCCACGAUCAUUAUAUGCUCAAAGUUGGAAUCUGAAACAGGACAAUCUCAUCCAGUGAUAUGUAAUCCGGAAGGAAAUGUUCAUGGAAAGGAGCAUAACGAUGACCAUGAAUUUUCAAAGGAUAUGGAUACAGAGCAUGAAAAUAUAAAUGGUUCUGCGAGUCUUAUCCUGAAUACAGUAGAUGUAAAACAAAAUGUUGCUAGAUAUAGUAUUGAAAUGGAAGAGCCGAGUUCCAUGAAUGCUUACAAAGAAGACUCUAGGGUCUCUGAAGAUCCAAGUUCUAGGAGAGAUCACGAUGAUCAUGGAAACGUAGCCAUUGUUCCCCAAGAACUGACCAAGGAAAUGAUAGAUGGGACAAAGGAUGCAUGUAUAAUUCAUCAUUCUACAGAGAAAGCCUCCGACUCUGAUUAUCAUUUUCCAUGUAACGAGCAGGAAUAUGAGAGGGAUGAUUCAUUGAAAACUUCAGAUAUAGAACAGAUAAAUGGUGCAUGUGGUAAUAAUGUCUCAGAGAAGUUUGUGAAAGAUGCCAUGGAGGAAGCUUCUGUUUGCUGUACAGUUGGGGAGGAGAAUGAUGAUGAAACUUCAACAAGCAAGGAGCAGAUUAUAUCAACUCCUUCCUGCAUGCCUCCUGAAGAAGAAAAUGCUGAUACUGUGAAGGAAGAAGAAGAAGUUGUAUGUUUCUCAGCUUCUGGUGAAACAAGCAUCAGUAUGGAUGCUAUUAUUGAAGAGAACGCUCCAUUGUUGGUAUUGGAUACUUCAGAGAAAGGAGAUUCUAUUGGUUCUUCAAGGAAAAAGCUUCUUGUUCUUGAUGUAAAUGGACUGCUUGCAGAUUUCAUUUGUUACGUUCCUUAUGGGUAUAAGCCAGAUAUAAUAAUAGGACAAAAAGCAGUAUUCAAGAGGCCAUUUUGUGAUGAUUUUAUAAAGUUUUGUUUUGAAAGAUUCGAGGUGGGUGUUUGGUCAUCAAGAACCCGGAGAAAUGUUGACAUGGUGAUAGAUUUUCUAAUGGGAGACUUAAAACAAAAAUUACUCUUUUGCUGGGAUCAAUCACAUUGUACCGAUACCACAUUCUCUACCGUUGAGAACAUGCACAAGCCUCUAGUUUUGAAGGAAAUUAAAAAGCUGUGGAAAUACCUUAAGCCACGAGAGUUUAAUGCAUCAAACACUCUAUUGUUGGAUGAUUCUCCACACAAGGCAUUGUGCAAUCCGGCAAACACUGCAAUAUUUCCUGUAACGUAUCGGUUUAGGGAUGUUGCCGAUACAUCGUUAGGACCUGGAGGCGAUCUUCGAGUUUAUUUGGAAGGCUUAUCAGUGGCAGAAAACGUUCAAAAAUAUGUCGAACAGAAUCCUUUUGGUCAACGUCCCAUUACAGAAAAGAACCUGUCUUGGAAGUUUUAUCGACGAAUCAUAUAUUUUGUCGAGCGCCAAAACGAUCGGGACGAUACCAAUUCUUUCAAAUGGAACUGAUAGGUAAACUUGAGAGGGCAUUGUAGCCUUUUGGUAUAUAUGCUGUUGAAGGGUUUUUGGUGCAUAAACGAUGAAUUUCUUAACCUUAGUUUCUCUUGAUUCAUAAUUUUCCUUAGUUUAAAACAAAAACAUGAAUGAAAUAUAGUGUGGUUAAUUUUAUAGUCAA